AUGAAACACUUCACUUGUCUUUUACUAUUGCUCCUCAUUCUCAUUACUUCAUUCUCUUCGGCUUAUUCAACCAUUGUCUCUCAUGAUGAUCGAGCCAUCACCAUCGAUGGACAACGCCGAAUCCUAAUUUCAGGCUCCAUUCAUUACCCACGAAGCACUGCUGAUAUGUGGCCUAAUCUGAUCAGCAAAGCCAAGGAUGGUGGCUUAGAUGCGAUCGAGACCUACGUUUUCUGGAACGUACAUGAGCCAGUACGUAGGCAAUACGAUUUUUCGGGAAAUCUCGAUCUUGUUCGCUUCAUCAAAACCAUCCAAGACAAAGGUCUCUAUUCCGUUCUGCGCAUUGGACCUUAUGUUUGCGCAGAAUGGAAUUAUGGAGGCUUCCCGGUGUGGUUGCACAAUAUGCCUAACAUGGAAUUCAGAACGGUUAACUCUGGUUUCAUGAAUGAAAUGCAAAAUUUCACUACAAAGAUCGUAGAAAUGAUGAAGAAAGAGAAGCUCUUUGCUUCACAAGGCGGUCCAAUAAUCCUAGCUCAGAUCGAGAACGAGUACGGGAACGUGAUCUCAUCGUAUGGAGCAGAGGGUAAGGCCUACGUUGAUUGGUGUGCAAACAUGGCUAACUCUCUAGACAUUGGUGUUCCAUGGCUUAUGUGCCAACAACCCAAUGCUCCUCAGCCUAUGAUCGAGACGUGUAAUGGAUUCUACUGUGACCAAUACAAACAAACCAACCCGACCAGCCCAAAGAUAUGGACAGAGAAUUGGACCGGCUGGUUCAAGAAUUGGGGAGGCAGACAUCCUUAUAGAACCGCUGAGGAUCUUGCUUAUUCCGUUGCUAGAUUCUUCCAAACCGGAGGAACUUUCCAAAACUAUUACAUGUACCAUGGUGGUACUAACUUCGGAAGAGUCGCAGGAGGUCCCUACAUCACAACUUCAUAUGAUUACCAUGCUCCUCUUGAUGAAUACGGUAACGUGAACCAGCCGAAAUGGGGUCAUUUGAAAGAGCUUCACACACUUUUGAAAUCCAUGGAGAAACCCCUAACUUAUGGCAAUAUCUCCACCGUCGAUCUUGGCAACUCCGUCACGGCGACUGUUUACUCAACAAACGAAGGAUCGAGCUGCUUCAUCGGUAAUGUGAACGCAACUGCGAAUGCCUUGGUAAACUUCCAAGGGAAUGACUACAGCGUACCGGCUUGGUCCGUGAGUGUUCUUCCAGACUGUAAGAAAGAGGCUUACAACACGGCAAAAGUGAACACUCAAACGUCGAUCAUGACCGAAGUCCCUAGUAAGCCAGAGAAGCUGGAAUGGACUUGGAGACCCGAGUUUGCUCGAAAGACCAUUCUUAAAGGCAGCGGAGAUCUCAUAGCCAAGGGUCUUGUAGACCAAAAAGACAUUACAAAUGAUGCUAGUGACUAUCUUUGGUACAUGACUAGGGUUCAUCUCGACAAGAAAGAUCCAAUUUGGAGCAGAAACAUGUCUUUACAAAUUCACAGCAAUGCCCAUGUUCUUCACGCUUACGUCAAUGGAAGAUACGUAGGUCACAAAAUCGUGCAGGACGAAAAAUUUAAUUACAUAUUUGAGAAGAAGGUCAACCUCCUUCAUGGGACUAAUCACAUUUCACUUCUUAGUGUUUCCGUUGGAUUGCAGAAUUAUGGACCUUUCUUUGGGAGCGGUCCAACAGGAAUCAAUGGUCCUGUUAAACUAGUCGGAUACAAAGGAGAGGAAACGAUUGAGAAAGAUCUAUCAGAGCAUCAAUGGAACUAUAAAAUUGGUUUGAAUGGAUUUGACCAAAAACUUUUCACCACAAAUUCUGUUGGUCAUCAUCACCUCAAAUGGUCACCCGAAAAGCUUCCUGCUAAUCCGAUGUUGACAUGGUACAAGGCAAAUUUCAAGGCGCCUCUUGGUAAAGAUCCAGUGAUUGUGGACUUUAAUGGUCUUGGAAAAGGUGAAGCUUGGAUCAAUGGUCAGAGCAUCGGGCGUUACUGGCCGAGCUUCAACUCUAGUGAUGACGGUUGUAGUGAUGAAUGCGACUAUCGUGGAGAGUAUGGUAGCGGCAAAUGCGCUUUUAUGUGCGGCAAACCAACUCAAAGAUGGUACCAUGUUCCACGAGGAUUUUUAAAUGAGAGCGGAUACAAUACUAUCACUCUAUUCGAAGAAAUGGGUGGUAACCCGUCAAUGGUAAACUUUAAGACAGUUGUGACUGGAACGGUGUGUGCUAGGACUUAUGAACACAACAAACUAGAGUUGACGUGCAAUAACCGACCGAUCUCAGCCGUCAAAUUCGCAAGCUUUGGAAAUCCAUCGGGCCAUUGUGGAUCGUUUGCAGUUGGCACAUGCGAAGGAGCCAUGGAUGCUACGAAGGUCGUGGCUAAAGAGUGUGUUGGAAAAGUAAAUUGCACUAUGAAUGUGACUUCCCACAAGUUUGGAUCUACUUUGGAAUGUGGAGAUUCGCCUAAAAGAUUGUUUGUGGAACUUGAGUGCUAG